AUGGCUCUCCUAGGAUCGGUGACCCGAUCACAGCUUUUCAAGCUGAUUCAGUCCAAAGUUGGGGUUAAAGCGAGGCAGGCCGAAGCGACAGAGCGAAUUCGUCGCGUCAUCGACGACGUCAGCAGGCGAUAUCGCGUCAUGGGCGAUGGGAAACCAGCAAACGGCAAAGUCUCGGAUCUCACGCCUCCAAUGGGCACAAAACGGUUUUCCAUUACACCUACUGUUGAGGAUGAAGCUGAGAGGAAUAGGAAAUUAUCCAUGAAGUACGACAACAAUUUCCUUACCGUCCCCGGUAUAACCUACGGGACAUCCUUUCCUGCCGUUCAAUCCGGACGAUAUUCUUGCAAUGGGCACGAAACGAGGUCGAUCCAGCACGUUGUCUCAAGCGGAUGCUUAUCAUACGAUCGGAGGCAAGGGCUUUUGUUAAGAAGGCAAAGUCACGCUGUUCCAGAAGUGUUCCGGUCAUUGGCCCGCAAGGGUAAAAACAAGAAGGAUCGCGAUACCGAGUUCGACUUGCAUGGAGAAGAUCGAGAACAAUGGGAGAAGUACGUUCUAGAGCAGACAAUUGAUCUGCCGGGCGUACAAGUCGAUCCAUCACCAUUUCAACUGGUCGAGAGCACAAGUCUGUUUAAGGUGCAUUCUUUAUUCUCUCUUCUCGGUCUGAAGCGAGCAUAUGUGACCAAAUCCGGUCGUCUUGUUGGAGUGAUUUCGUUGAACAACCUUCGAUCUGCUAUUGAAAAUGUGCAAUCGGGUAUGACACCAACUCCUGGAGAAAGUAUAUUCCCUGAUCAGAAACCGUCUGAAUCCACCAGCGAGAACGAUAUCGAUUACCUUCACCCUCAAUUGGAAAUACUUACCCGAGCGAACACAUUAACCGAUUUGAAUGAGGAAACCGAAACGCAAAUGCCAACUUCGAUAUCGGAUCUGAAUCGGCGGCCGUCCUUUCCACCGGCGAGGCCUGUGCGUGGGCUAGUCAUGUCAACAUCCGAUCCAUGUCUCCAAAGGCCGACAUUGGGGUAA